CACCCAGCGCCUUCGAAGCAUUUCUUUGUGGCCGACUCCCUCUGGAACCCCUCCUCAAACUCUACCUCCCUUUUGGUGCUCCCCGGAAAGUGUAACCGAACAGGUGAAUCACGCACGUGAUUCAGGUGUGGAGUGUUUGGGCCUCUGCAAGGAGAGAGGGUAAACUUCUGUGCCAGGAGAAAGCUGUUCAUAUCGUACGCCCACUCGAGGGCCCAGUGUGGCUCUGACCUGUUCACCGAAGAGGGAAGAAGCCUCGCGGAGGUUGAGUGAUGUGACUUCUGUGUGAGAGGCAGGUCCUUUAAAUCGGUCCUCUCUGGCGCCAAGCCCUUAACAAGCUGAGUUACUUUUUGUGAGUAAACAAAGAGAAUGAAAAUGCCCAGCACUGGAGUGAGGGAAGCGGGAGCGGAGGAACAGUCGGGGUCGCAAGAGGCCUUUGGAGGCACCACGCAGAAAAGGCUACAUUUGCCGGAGUUCAGACUGAAGAUUGGGGCCAGUUUAUGCACAUCUGUGACAUAAUUAACACUACCCACGAUGGGCCAAAAGAUGCAGUAAAAGCUUUGAAGAAAAGGAUUUCCAAAAACUACAAUCAUAAAGAAAUCCAGCUUACCUUGUCACUUAUUGACAUGUGCAUGCAGAACUGUGGUCCAAGUUUCCAGUCUCUGAUUGUGAAGAAGGAAUUCGUUAAAGAUAGUCUGGUUAAGCUGCUGAACCCCAGAUACACCUUGCCCUUAGACAUUCAGAAUAGAAUCUUGAAUUUCAUUAAGACUUGGUCACAAGGUUUCCCAGGAGGUGUGGAUGUAAGUGAAGUGAAAGAAGUGUACCUUGACCUUCUUAAGAAAGGUGUUCAGUUUCCUCCCUCAGAUGCAGAGGCUGAAACAGCAAGACAAGAGACUGCUCACAUCUCGAACCCGCCAUCAUCUGUUCCAUCCGCACCAGUUCUUCCUACUGUGAUUGUUCCCAAGAGCUCUACUAUUACAUUGGUCCCAGAACAGAUUGGAAAGUUGCACAGUGAAUUGGAUAUGGCAAAAAUGAAUGUGAGAGUGAUGUCUGCCAUACUGAUGGAGAACAUUCCUGGGUCUGAAGACCGUGAAGACAUAGAGCUUCUGCAGAAGCUUUAUAAGACAUGUCGGGAGAUGCAGGAGAGGAUCAUGGACCUGCUUGUGGUGGUGGAGAAUGAAGACGUAACCAUUGAGCUAAUUCAAGUGAAUGAGGAUUUGAAUAAUGCCAUCCUUGGAUGUGAGAGAUUUACUCGGAACCAACAAAGGAUUUUGGAGCAAAACAGGAACCAGAGGGAAGAUGCCAAUACUACCAGUGAACCUUCUGCCCCAUCCUGUGAUCUCUUGUACCCAAGGCUCAGCCCUCCAAUGCCGAGGGCCACUCUGGGAGAACUCAACACCGUGAAUGCUCAGCUUUCAGACUUAAAUUUCAGGUCUCCGAGUCCUGUUGUAACGAACAACUUGACACCCAGUCUUCAUCCACAGGUGGAUUUGCUAGCCUGGGAAGAUACAGAAACACCCCUGUUUACCCAAAGGACCGGCCAAAACAUCACCGCAAACCAUACAUAUGAGAGCUUUCCAGAAUAUUCAAAUUCAGUACUACUACAGCCAGUUAAUGUGCAGAACGUUCCAGCAACACCAUCAAGCCAGAGACUGCCAUCCUUGCCUGUCAGUCAUCCAGGGCUGUUUAUGAAGAAAUUGAUGUUCAUCACCAGAAAGGAGCCCAAAGUCACAGUGACUGUUGAGGUUGUGAGUCUCUCGUUAUCCAGGAAUGGAGAAAGAGAAGGAAAGGCUGAAGGCCGGCUGUCUUCUUCUUACACUAGGUGGAAGUGGGUGACCAGCUCACUAACUGCAUUUAGAGGUGUCCCCUCUCCUGUGCAGCUUGGAGGCCCAGAAGACCAGACCUACCAGCACAUCAGAACCAUGGUGGAACAGUUCUCCUCUGCAGUAACAGAAGAGUAACAGUUCCAGAGUAACACUUAUAUUUCCUGACCACAGCUUAAGCUUUAUUUUGAAACAACUUGGUUAUAACGUAUAUUCACUUGAAACUUCAGAAGAAAAAUUCAUUGUACCUCGGCCAGCGGGUUUAAUUAUAACAUCUUAGGCUUCACAGGCCUUCCUACAUUUAGAAAAGAAAUCCUCACACUGCUGUGUAAGAGUAGAUGAAGAUUAUUUUAUUACAAAAUAAUUAUGUAAACUAUUGAGUGCCUUCAUUUAAAGUUGAAUUAAAAGUCAAUUUUUACUUUUUUUUUUUUUUUUUUUAAAUAAAGAAUACUUGUUUAGAAUUAGGACUUGUAAAAGCCUUGAUGAUUAUAGUUUAUAUUUCAGGUACCGUGAAGAGGUCACUGGACUCUGUAUCAAGUUGCCUUUAAAUAUGGUUCUUUAUAAUACUAAAUGAUCUUUUUCUCCCCUUUUUACUGCAAUUAAUAUUUCUAUUUGAAACAAACGCUACUGAAAACAUUCAGAAUAUAUUGUACGUUUAUGUCAUAAAUUACAAUGAUAAAAAAAUUACCAUUAAAACAAUUUAAUAC